AAAACGCGGAAGUAAAUCCCCUCCGGUAGAGAUAUGGCAGCGUACAGGUGCAGUCUUUGCGCUCGGUUACUUCUUUUAUUAAUUUUGUUGUUAUACGCGUUGGUACACAGUGAAGAAAUAAAACAGGGUAAUAUUCACCAUGUUAGCGGGGUUAAUAAACCCCAAACACCCGCUGAAACAGUGGAGCGACCGCUAGAAGAGAGGCAGUGGGAAGCAACCGAGGUAAACGAAGCAGUUUCCAGUGAUGCUGCUGCACAUUUACUGGACUACCCCGGUCCCGAUUCCGUCCUGACAUCAACACCGCAGCUUAAAGAUGACUUCAGAGAGGAGUUAGUCAUUAGACCGCUUCAUUCAGGAGAUAUUUAUGCUAGCUUCCAGUUCCGCACAGUGUGGGAAACAGAUUUCACCAGAGGAAGUAAAGUCUCCCACUACAGGCUAUUCCCCAAAUCUCUGGGUCAGGUCAUCUCCAAGUUCUCAGUGCGAGAGCUGCACAUCUCCUUCACACAGGGUUACUGGAGAACCAUGCAGUGGGGCCAGCCCUAUCUCCCCUCCCCUCCAGGAGCUGAACUCUGGGUUUGGUUCCAGGACACUGUUACAGAUGUGGAUGCCACAUGGAAGGAGUUGACAAACGUUUUGUCAGGCAUCUUCUGUGCUUCGCUGAACUUCAUAGACUCUACCAACACUGUUCAGCCCAGUGCUUCCUUCAAACCAUUGGGAACUGCCAAUGGCACAGACCAUCGCUUCCUUCGUUAUGCUACCCUCCCACGAGAAAUAGUCUGCACCGAAAAUUUGACGCCAUGGAAGAAGCUGUUGCCCUGUGGAUCCAAGGCUGGUCUGGCUGUGCUGUUGAAGUCUGAAAAGCUCUUCCACAGCAGUUUUCAUUCCCAGGCUGUGCACAUCAGACCGGUGUGUCAGGACUGGCAGUGCAAAACAACGUCGUUGGAGCUGAGGCAGACACUGAAUGUAGUGUUUGACCUUCACACCUCUGGACAGGGCAAGCGAGAGUGGUCUUUGUUUAAGAUGUUCUCUAGAACCCUGACAGAAUCCUGCCCCCUGGCCUCCUCCAGUAAAAUAUACAUCGACACCACAGACAAUCCUCAGGAGGAGCAAUUUGAGCUCAGUCCAGCUACUCCACUGCUGAGCCAGGCAGUGGUACUGGGGGACAGACGGACCUUUUCUGUCUACGACCUGACCCAGCAAGUCACCUUUGGCACUGUACGCUCCCUUAAUGUGCUGAUUCGCUGGAAAUCCACAGAGGGCGACAUGCUUAGGCCCUUGCUCCAUGCCGAGCGAUACGUGGCCGGAUAUGGGCUACAGACAGGAGAGAUCCACACCUUAAUCUACAACAACCACCCCUUCAGGUCUUUUCCUGUGCUGCUGCUAGACUCUGUGCCUUGGUAUCUACGUCUCUAUGUCCACACGCUCACUGUCACCAGCAAGGGAAAGGAUAACAAGCCCAGUUACAUCCACUACCAGCCAUCUAAGGAUCGAAUACGGCCACACCUGCUAGAGAUGCUGCUCCAGCUGCCUCCACACUCUGUUACCGAGGUGACAGUGCAAUUUGAGAGGGCGCUGCUUAAAUGGACCGAAUAUACGCCUGAUCCCAACCACGGAUUCUACGUUGGAUCUUCAGUUAUCAGUGCUCUUGUGCCAAGUACUGUUGCCAUGAGUACAAAUAUCACUCAGGAGCAACCACUGUUCAGUACUUUUUUUCCAUGCAAAGAAGAGUCCAACUACUUUAUGCGUGUCUACACAGAGCCUCUGUUGGUCAACCUGCCCACUCCAGACUUUAGCAUGCCUUACAACGUCAUCUGUUUAACGUGUACUGUUGUGGCCGUAGGCUAUGGCUCACUUUACAACCUGCUGACAAGAAGCUUCCAGAUAGAAGAACCCAGCCCAGGAUUGGCCAAGCGUAUCGCAAACGUUAUCCGCAAGAUGAGGGGUGUACCGCCUCUUUGAGGCAGCAUCAGAGGACAUUAGCUUAUUAUAGAAUUGGCCCUUCACAAAAAAAUAAAAUAAAUACCCAAAUGUGUUAACAUUCAGGGAAGAACUGAGUCAAACACUGGCAUAACUGUAUGGGUAAAGGGCAACGUGGAGUUUUAUUGUUUUCAGGGUUUUUUUUUUUUUUUUAUACAAUGGAAAAUGUAACGGUGAUAACUAGAAAGGUGUUUUAUUAAUGUUUAAAACAAGAGCAGCAGUAGCUUGUUUUGUUGUUCUGUUUCUGUUAAUAUGACUCUGAAUUUCUUUAUAGUAGUCUUUUGCCAUCGAAUGUUGCAGUGCUUUUGACCCACAACGGUUUGAUAACUCCAUGCCAGGAGAGAUAAGGAAAGGUGACACGUUAAGUCAUAGUGACCUUUUGUUUUUGGCAACUCUUAUUGGGCAAAUAAAUGUGGUUUACAAACUCAAUUCAAAGGAUUUGUAAAACAA